UAGAAAUUUGGAUGAGUUUGCAUGUCUAUUAUUUCUGCAUUUCAGUGUAUCAUAAUUUUCUUUGAUUUGUUUUCUUGUUAAUAAUUUUCCUUUGCUUUCGGUCACACACGGUUAGCACAAUCAGACUGAUAUAACAGGCAAAUCUUCAUGUAAGAUAAAAUGGGCAAGACAUCUUUAUGGUUUUGUGGUUGAAACUUGAAAGUGACUAUCCAACUUGAAAAAAAAGUGUAUAGACCCCAUUAUAGUCCAAUCAUUUACAUGCAAUUCAAUCACUCAUUAUUUUUUCCACUCAAACUCUCAUAUAACCACACACACUGCAUAGCAGAAAAUCGCGAUCAAAUGCAGUUAAUACAAUACAGUUUUAAUCACCGUCGCAGUGUAGUCUCCGAUACAUAAAAACCUCGUGGUUGCUCGUGAUUUGCGUGGGAAGAAGGAACUAUAACUCAAGUGCCAUGAAGAGAACAAGUGAAUGGAACUAUUCUCAGGAGAUUCCAAGUGAUGUCACUAUUCAAAUUGGUGAAGCUUCUUAUUCAUUGCACAAGUUUCCAUUAAUUUCGAAAAGUGGAUAUAUAAGGAAGCUCAUUUCACAAUCUAGUGAUGCUACUUCGGAUACUCCGCUGAUUGAACUCAUUGACAUCCCGGGUGGAUCAGAAGCAUUUGAACUAGCAGCAAAAUUCUGCUAUGGUAUAAACUUCGAAAUAAGCGUCGAAAACAUCGCUAUGCUACGCUGCGUGGCCGAGUAUCUUGAGAUGGCAGAAGACUAUUCGGUCGGAAACUUGACAGGAAGAACCGAUUCUUAUUUGAAUGACGUCGCACUCAAGAGCAUGUCAGGAGCAAUAUCUAUCUUACAUAUAUCAGAAACUCUUCUUCCAGUUGCAGAGAAAGCGAAAUUGGUUAGUAGAUGCAUAGAUGCGAUAGCAUAUAUAGCAUCGAAAGAAAGCCAGUUUUGUUCAUCUGGUAGAAGUGAUGGUAGUAGCAAUGAAAGAGUGAUGAACUCUUCCACUGCUUCUCAUCUCAGGCCAGUUGUUGAUUGGUGGGCUGAAGAUCUUACUGUUCUUAGAAUUGAUUUUUUUCAAAGAGUUCUAAUUGCUAUGAUGGCUAGAGGGUUUAAACAGUGUGGUAUUGGUCCUAUUAUAAUGCUUUAUUCACAGAAAUCUCUCAGAGGUUUGGAGAUAUUUGGAAAGGGAAGGAAGGAGAUCGAACCGCAUGAAGAGCAUGAAAAGAGAAUCAUUUUAGAGAUACUAGUGAGCCUAAUGCCGAGGGAGAAGAAUGCGAUAUCCGUCGGUUUUCUCUCUAUAUGGCUUAAGGCAGCAAUAUAUCUUGAGACAACUGUUGCUUGCAGGUUUGAUUUGGAGAGGAGAAUAGCCAUGCAGUUAGGACAAGCCGUUUUGGAUGAUCUUCUUAUUCCUUCUUAUAGCGGCGAAACCUCGUUCGAUGUAGAUACCGUGCAAAGAAUCAUGAUGAAUUACCUUGAAUCUGAACUUGAAAAUCAUUCAGGCUAUAAUGAACAAGAUGAAUACUUUUCUUCUCCACAAAGGGAUGUUAUUAAGGUUGGAAGGCUAUUAGAGAGUUAUCUUGCUGAAAUAGCGACCGAUAGAAAUUUAUCGGUUUCGAAGUUUAUCUGUCUUGCUGAACUAAUGCCUGAGAAAUCAAGAACAAUAGAAGAUGGAAUGUAUAGAGCCAUAGACAUCUAUCUUAAGGCUCAUCCGUUUCUAAGCGACGCGGACAGAAAGAAAGUUUGCAGCAUGAUGGACUGUCAGAAGCUAUCGCGAGAGGCGCGCGCACAUGCUGCGCAAAACAGUCGACUUCCUGCUCAAAAUGUGGCUCAAGUUCUCUAUUAUGACCAGCAGCGUCUUCGCGACUUUAUGGAUGGAACUGGCAGCGUAGGUUCGGAUUCUCCUUCGACGCCUGACAAGAGGAAUGUAUACUCAUCAGAGCUUUAUCCCGCUUCAAAUGAGGUUUCGAAACUAAGAAGAGAAAAUGAAGAACUGAAGUUAGAGAUAACGAAACUUAAAACGAAAAUAAAAGAGAUUGAAAAAUGUACAGUUGAAUAUGGUGUUAGUACUAAUAGUCCUUUGUUAAAUUCUUCCUCACCUUCAGCUGAUAAGCCUCCUUUGCAUAGAAAAUCAUUCCUAAACUCAGUGUCCCGAAAACUCGGCCGUCUUUCUCCGUUUUCACGCAAUGGUCCUAUCUUAACACCGGCCAAAGAUCGCAUAAAGCUAGACAAGGUUCGACGCUACUCCAUAUCGUAAUAUUGUGUGUGAUAUAAUAGUCUAUUUUCUGUAUUGAAAAUAUGACUGUUAUUUGAAUGUAAUUUGAUUUAUAUUGUUCGUAUUAUCGUGUUAGUAAUUUUGAUAUUUUUUGUUAGUAAUAUUUUCUUCUCUUACUAUUCUGAAAAUGCAAUGUCUUUAAUAUUAAUAGUGUUCUCUUAUACUUUCUUAU